AUGAGUGGUAUCAAGAGUAGCAGUCUGGUGUACAAGGAGACUGGAAUGGCCGCAGUUUCUGACCCACACGCUCUUUUCUGCUCCAAUGACGCCAACGGUUGCCAUCUUGAAGUGUACCCUCGACCGGAUGGUGACAUCUACGUCUGUGGACUGGGCGGAUCCCCUCAGCUGCGACCCGAUGAUCUCAGAUCUAUUGAUCCGAGUGGAGUACAGCCGGGGGCAAACAGGGUGGCUGCUGGCCACAAGUCGCUCUCUGCCAUGACAUCUCUAGUCGAUCCUGGUAAAGAGCCCGAUAUCAAGCAGGCCUGCCUUAGGCCGCUGCUACCGGAUGCGUUGCCAGCUAUGGGCCGGCUCUGUGAGGGGAUCAACAACCUAUACAUCGUGGCGGGCCAUAACUGUUGGGGUAUUCUCUGGUCCCUGGCUUCGGGAGAGGCAAUGGCUGAGCUUAUCGCUCAUGGUACAUCUGAGCACCUCAGUUUGAGUCCCUUCGAUCCCACUAGAUUCACAUAG